AUGCAAUCUAAAACUUCUCAGGCACAUUCACCCGAUGUGCUAACCUUGAAGAUGAGUAGCUCUCACAAGGACCCAAAUGACUGUUUGGCAACAGUCAGUAGUGGAGCAGAUACACCAUUCGAUUUUUUAUGCGAUUUUUAUGAUGGAGUCAUAGCUGGUGGAGCUGCUGGUGUUUUUGUAGAAGCAGCUUUAUACCCAAUUGACACAAUAAAAACUCGAUUACAGGUUGCCCAUGCUGGAGGGAAAAUUGUGUUAAAGGGUCUAUAUUCGGGAUUGGCUGGAAACCUUGCUGGUGUCUUACCGGCUUCUGCCAUAUUUGUUGGUGUAUAUGAACCUACAAAGCAGAAACUGCUGAAGGCAUUGCCAGAAAACCUUAGUGCUUUAGCUCAUUGUCACAAGCUGCAUAGAUAUGCAAACACAUUCAUCCUCACUGCAGGUGCUAUUGCAGGUGCUGCUUCUUCUGUUGUACGAGUUCCAACAGAGGUUGUCAAGCAACGCAUGCAAACUGCACAAUUUUCUUCAGCCCCAGAUGCUGUCCGUCUUUUCUUGCCAAGGAGGGGUUCAAAGGGGUAUGGAUCGUUUCUAUUGCGAGAUUUACCAUUUGAUGCUGUUCAGUUUUGCAUCUACGAGCAGCUUCAAAUAGGAUUUAAACUAGCGGCACGAAGAGAUCUGAAUGAUCCUGAGGUUGCUAUGAUUGGUGCUUUUGCUGGUGCAGUAACUGGAGCUAUAACUACUCCUCUUGACGUGAUUAAGACGAGAUUAAUGCUUCAGGGAUCAGAAAACCAGUACCGAGGAAUUUAUGAUUGUGUUAGGACCAUAAUGAGAGAAGAAGGAAGUCCUGCUCUUUGGAAGGGUAUUGGGCCACGAGUCUUGUGGAUAGGUAUUGGAGGUUCCAUUUUCUUUGGUGUUCUUGAAAGGACAAAGCAAAUACUUGAGGAAAGGCGUAGGGAUCUGGAGUUGAACUCUUCCAAGCGGAACUGA